AUGACACUUAAGUAUCUCAUCACCGGCGCAACAGGAGGCCUUGGGAAGCAGGUGCUCAAUUACUUUGUGGACCAUGUCCCUGCCUCCGAAUUUGCUGCAGCAUCAUCCAGAGCUUCGAACAGGGCACGUUUUGAAGACCGUGGUAUUGCUUUUCGCCAUGUGGACUACGACGAUGAAGAGUCCCUUGAUUCUGGGCUACGCGACGUUGAGAACCUACUGUUUGUUAGCUCAAAUACGUUUGAUAACGAGAGACGGGACAAACAGCAUCGAAGACUCAUCGAUGCCGCUAAGAGAGUAGGAGUAAAACAUGUAUGGUAUACAUCGCUCGCCUUCGGUGGCUUCUCAGACGAUUCCAGGGCCGCUGUCCAGCAAGCUCACCUAAUCACGGAAAGGAUUCUGAAAGAAUCCGGCCUCACCUACACUUCUAUCCGAGAAGGCGUAUAUGCCGAAGCUUUCCCCGUGUUUAUCAACUGGUACCCUGAUAGCACGACCGUUACCCUUCCCGCAGAUGGGGAAAUAGCAUACACUCGACGUGCGGAGCUGGGCGAAGCAACUGCCCGCAUUAUGUUGCAAGGGAGCUAUGAGAACCAAAUUGUGCUGUUUACAGCUGAGGAGACAAUCACGUCCAAGGAAAUUGUUGAUAUCAUCAACGAGACCACAAAGCGACAAGUGAAACUCGAGAUCGUCUCCCCUCAGGAAUAUAUCCGAAUCAACAGCGCGAACGAUCAGGGGGGAAAGCCGAAGGCAUUCUUUGAAAUGGUCCUGACGUGGUGGGAGGACAUUGCGAAAGGGGAGCUACGCACGACACACCCGCUUAUGCGUGAAAUCCUUGGGAGGCCGCCCACGAAGCCUCAAGAUGCUUUAAGAGCGUUGUUGACGGAAAACCCGGAUUAUACCUGGCACCAGAACUACGCGAAAUAG